AUGGUUGCGUUGGAGGAUCGAUUCGAGGUCCUGAAGGAAAUUGGCGAUGGCAGCUUUGGAAGCGUGGCUCUAGCCAGAGUCCGCAGCGCAGGUGCCCAUGUGGCCCGCCGCGGUACAGUGGUCGCCAUCAAGACGAUGAAGAAGAACUUUGAGUCUUUCAGCGCAUGUCUGGAGCUUCGCGAGGUCGUCUUCCUUCGCACCCUUCCUCCCCACGCCCACCUCGUUCCGGCUCUGGACAUCUUCCUCGACCCUUACAGCAAGAAACUCCACAUCGCCAUGGAGUACAUGGAGGGCAACCUAUACCAGCUCAUGAAGGCGCGUGACCACAAGGUCCUCGACAACGCCAGCGUCAAGAGCAUUCUGUUCCAAAUCAUGCAAGGUCUGGAGCAUAUUCACGCCCACCACUUUUUCCACCGUGACAUCAAGCCUGAGAACAUCUUGGUUACCACGUCGGGACAUCAAGACUCUUCCGUCACAUCUUUCCGUCGUUACUCCGCCCUCGUUACGCCUCCGUCAACACCUCCCAAUUAUACCGUCAAGAUUGCCGACUUUGGCCUUGCUCGCGAAACGCACUCAAAGCUCGCGUACACGACCUACGUGUCAACGAGAUGGUACCGUGCUCCCGAAGUCCUGCUGAGGGCCGGCGAGUAUUCGGCGCCUGUUGACAUCUGGGCCAUCGGCGCCAUGGCCGUUGAGGUCGCCACACUGAAGCCUCUGUUCCCCGGCGGAAACGAGGUGGACCAGGUCUGGCGGGUAUGCGAGAUCAUGGGAAGCCCGGGCAACUGGUACAACAAAUCCGGUGGUCGUGUUGGCGGAGGUGAGUGGCGAGAGGGUACUCGGCUGGCCGGGAAGCUCGGAUUUUCUUUCCCCAAGAUGGCACCACAUGCUCUCGACACGAUUCUCCAAUCGCCAACAUGGCCUCGAGAGCUAAGUCAUUUCGUGACUUGGUGCCUGAUGUGGGACCCCAAGAACAGGCCCACUUCUGCCCAGGCGCUUGCUCAUGACUACUUCAUCGACGCUGUCGACCCUCUUCGCCCUCGGUCUUCGGCUUCGAGGAUUCUGGGAAGGAAGCAAUCAGACCUUGGCCGUGGCAAAGACUCAACAGCGUCUACGCCCACUUCAUCCAAGCCGUCGUGGUUCCGCAAAUCUCUCAUCGGACGUUCCGAGACAACCGAUAUCUCAAUCGCCCAACUCGCGGCAAAGGACAAUUCAGCUCCUCGGCCCGCCCCGGUCCAUGCAUCAACAACGAACGAAGUCCCCGUCACGAAGACCCGGCCUGCUGCAGGCAAGCGAAGCACAUGGACUAAUGGUCCGUCCAAUGUUGCGCCAAUGCCAAUUCUGCCUACCAUCAGGCCCAUCUCGCCGCUGUCCGACGCUGUCACGGCACAAGCCAGCAACGGCUCGUACAACGAUGCUUACGUGAAUGGGAGCCACCGGGCAGUCCAGGUUGAAGGAAAGCCUGCGAAGGUCAGCCGACAGCUAUCCGUCGCGUCCAGUACCAACAACUACGCGGAGAUCCACCGUCAGCAGGCUGAGCGGGCCCUCAACGGCAACUCUGGACUCGCUUCUCCACCGAGCGGUCAGAAGGAGGGCUUCUUCUCUCACCUGCGGAAGCGUGCUCGACGGUUCUCCGGAAGGCAUCAAACACCAAUCUCGCCAACGCAUGAAUCUAUCGAGGGUCAGGUUGGUUGUGGACCCUGGAACAGCAACAGGUCUUCAAUGGUGAUUGAUCAAUCUCCGCCGCCGCCGCCCAAGGCCGAAACCUAUGAGUCGCUUGACAGGGCUCUAAGAGAUGUUCAGCAGCAUCGCGAGUUGCAGGCACCCGUGCCCCCUCAACACGCGUCGCCCACCAACAACCUCAAGAGACAUCACUCCUUGCCAAAGCACAGUCAGCCACGUUCGGUCGAUAACUUGAUGAUGGCUGCGCGCAGUGGUGGUCCUAUUUCUAGCCGCACUCGUCGCGCUCAGGCCACGCAAGGUGUACACCAGUACGAAGCUCCUGACGAAGAAGACGAGCUGCUGGACGAGGUUCUCAACUCGACGCAUCGAGCUAUGAAGCGUAUGGAAAAGGAUGGCAAGCCCGGACUUCGGCAAUCGGCCAGCAACAUUGGCAUCGCCAAUCCGUACCCUACACCGUCGCCAUCCGGAAGCGGCAACGCGGCGGCUUUUGGCGACGGCGCAUUGACGCCCAAGCCUCUUGACCUCAAGAAGAACCGCAACGCCGAAUACAAGUGGCCGACGCCCCCCUAUGAGGAAAGCGAGUGGGCAGCCUCCGCAUCUGCAAGCAUUUGGGCUGCCGGUAACCGAUUCUAA